AUGAGCUCAUGGGAUGUCGCUAGACUGACUGUAAAGUUGGGAGACCACAACAUCAGAACGAACUCUGAAAUAAACCACGUUGAAAAAAGAGUGAAAAGAGUCGUUCGGCAUAGAGGAUUCGACUCAAGGACACUGUACAACGACAUCGCCAUUCUGACAUUGGAUAGUCCUGUGGACUUCACACAACAAAUUAGGCCUGUUUGUUUACCCAAUGGCGGCAACGAUCACUCUGGAAAGACAGCAACGGUGAUUGGUUGGGGAAGUUUGAGAGAGAGUGGUCCUCAACCCGCUAUUUUGCAAGAAGUCAACAUACCUAUUUGGAGCAACAGGGAUUGCAAGCUGAAGUACGGACCUGCAGCUCCAGGGGGUAUUGUGGAACAUAUGCUGUGUGCUGGACAAGCCAACAGAGACUCUUGUGGUCCUCAACCCGCUAUUUUGCAAGAAGUCAACAUACCUAUUUGGAGCAACAGGGAUUGCAAGCUGAAGUACGGACCUGCAGCUCCAGGGGGUAUUGUGGAACAUAUGCUGUGUGCUGGACAAGCCAACAGAGACUCUUGUAGU